AGGUAUUUUCUUUGUCUCUUUAAGGAGCCCAACCCCUGUGGCCUACAUUUCCCACAAUUCCAAGCGGCUGAGUCCACCGUGAAUCAGUGCGUCCCUUGCGUCCGUUCACUGAGGAGAGAAGCGGGUCAGGCUAAACUGAUACGAGACUUACGGGCGAGGUGUUUUGUUUUAUUUCAUUUUACUCUUUACCGGCGGACAUGUCUCUGUCACCCACACAGAGCUCCGACACGAGCAGCCGGAGGAGGAGGCCGGCUGAGCACACACAAGAUCCUUCGUUGGAGCAUGAUCCUCAGACAGGUUACAAUCAUGAAAAGAUCCAUGACCCAGGUCAACAGUGUAACUCAGCAGACACGUGCACUCCAGCUACACAUCCCUCCGUAUGUCCUGCUCUGUGCACAAAAAAAUGCAUGUCUGCACACACAUGUUCGAGUCAUAAUGUUUGUGAAGAGAGCUGGGAGGAGAUUCAAAGCAAGAGAACCAUCACAGCAGAGAACGAGGUGGAAGCCAACAAACUGGUCAACAACUACAGGUUUGGUUUUAGAAAAUGGAAGAGCCACGUGACAGAGCGUCCGUUUAAAGACAGAUCAGAGGUUGUGAAAGAGCUCUAUUCUGAACUGAACAUCAUUAAGCCACAUUCAAGUCCAGGUCAUCUCAUCACAUUUGGAAACGUAGCGUAUGUGUUUCUCUUUGGUUGGUGGGUCUCCCUGACAUAUUUCCUGGUCGGCAUGCUUAUGUUCAUCACUAUCGCUGGUGCACCGUAUGCCAAGCUGUGCUGGAAGUUGUCCUGCUACUUCCUGUGGCCGUUCGGCAAGUCAAUCCAUGAGCUUGGAAAUACAUUGAGGAGAUGUUGUGAGCAAGCACCAGACUGUGAGUGCAACAUAGACUGGGUGGAGGAUAACUCACCAGUUCUUCUGCCUUCACCUACGGAGGUGCCAGUCCCGGAGAUGCAAGGACGACCUCUGCGCACUCCCUUCUGGCGUCGUUUCUCCACCUACGUGUGGCUGGGGCUGGGAUACCCUCCUCUGGCGGUCAUCCAUUCAGUGGCCUGCUUCUUCUCCUGGAUCCUCAUCUUCACCAUCCCCGUUUCCAAGAUGAAUGCACGGACUCUGGCUGUCAUUCUCCUCUUGCCUCCUGAGGAUGUUUCUGUGUCCUCCUGCUCACAGAGGAAGCAUCAAGCUUAUGAGACCAGGGCGCUGCUGUGCUGCUACCACGCUGUCAACUGGUACUACUACAAGUACACAGUUGAUGGGAUCAAUGUGUUUGCUGUCAACCUCCUCCCUCUAGUAAUAGUUGCCAUAGUAAUUGGAUAUAUUGACAGGGAGAACCAGUACGCCAGCUCCGAUGUCAAGUUCGCCAUAGCAAUAGGCUCCAUCAUACCUCUGUCUUACUACAUUGGUAUGGGCAUCGCCAGUAUCUCAGCCCAGAGUAACUUUGCUGUGGGUGCAGUGGUGAACGCCACCUUCGGCUCCAUCACAGAGCUGACCUUCUACAUCACAGCCCUGCUCAGAGGUCACCAGGCAGCCAAUCCGUGUCUGCAGGAGGUUGUUAAAGCAGCGCUGACUGGCACCCUGCUCGGAUGCAUCCUCUUUAUUCCUGGCAUCUGCAUGAUAAUCGGAGGGCUGAGACACAGUGAGCAAAGAUUCAACAGUCGCUCUACAGGAGUGAGCUCGGCCUUGCUUUUCAUCUCUGUGGGGGGUGUAUUUGCCCCCACGCUGUUCUCCAAGGCCUACGGUAAUCUGGUGUGUGACGCCUGCACGAACUCCACUGGAGGAAACAGCACAAGCAACAGCAGUGGACCGUUUGUCUGCCACAACUGCCACUAUGAUCUGAACAACGGUACACUGUUCCACAGUCAUGUAGAGCCAUUGGUGUACACAGUGUCUGCCCUCUUGCCAGUCGCCUACAUCAUUGGUCUGAUAUUCACACUGAAGACACACUCCCACAUUUACAACAUCCAUGUUGGAGAGGGACAGGCGACGUGCCACCAUGGAGCAGUGGUCCACUGGUCACGGUGGAGGUCUCUGGUCAUUCUCAUCAUGGCCACUGUGCUGACGUCUGCCUGUGCUGACCUUUCCACUGAGCACAUCCAGCCCAUACUAAACCAACCCAACGUGUCUCAGUAUUUCAUUGGGGUGACAGUUCUCGCUAUGGUUCCUGAGAUCCCAGAGAUUGUUAAUGGGAUUCAGUUUGCACUUCAAAACAACAUCAGUCUAAGCUUGGAGGUGGGAAGCUGUAUUGCUGUGCAGGUCUGCAUGCUACAGAUUCCAAUACUGGUCUUAUUUAAUGCUUUCUAUGAUGUGGGAUUUGUUCUGUUGUUCAGUGACCUGCACCUGUGGGCCAGCAUCUUCAGUGUGAUUGUAGUCAACUACAUCUUCAUGGACGGCAAGUCUGAUUAUUUUCAGGGUACGGCUCUGGUGGUUGUCUACCUAAUCCUGCUAGCUCUGUAUUACUUCGCUCCAUCUCCAGCAGGAUGUUGAGUGUGGAUCUUUUUUUUUUUAAGCCUGGAAGAAACUGACUGUGCAAAUUCAAUACCACUCCCUGUUGGUGAUAUUUUAUCCUGACAUGGCUAAUUUAUCAUGCUGGGCUUUUAAAUAUAAAUUUUGUGUUUUUUUUAAUGCUGUAUCCUGAAUUACACAAAUGACAAAACUGAAAUUUUUAAUCUCAGGUAGGUACUUUUUUUUGACUGCACAAACGUAUUACUCCUACUACUGAAAAAAAAAAAGUACAGUUUGUAAGUUAACAUACUUAACUAUGUGUGUCCUGCCAUUAUGGUCUCUGUAAACUGUGAAGGAAAGAAAAGCAGUAUUUUUACAAGUGAAUAUUAUGACGUAAAGAAUCUGCACUAAUGGUAUUUUGUUUAAGGUACUGUUGUGAUAAAUGUGUAUACUUUUUAACUCCAAAAUGUACAUGUGGUACAUUAGAGAUAAUGAAAUAUGUUUUUUUUCCCCCCCAAUAAUAUAGUUGAACAUAUGGCAUGGCUGGCUGUGCAUAGAAAGAACAAUAACAAUAUUUGACAAUACAACAUUCUGAAAAACCGGCUGUGCUUUUAUUGUUUGUACAGACAGUAACUACAAAACAUAAUGUACAUUACAGCCAUAAUUACCUUUUGAGGAGAUAUUUAUCUUUUCUCCCAGGAGUUUAUGUAAAGUGACAUGCACACCAUACUGACAUGCAAAAGAGAUCACUUAACUUCCAUUGACAUCGAAAAUGAUGCAAAUAUAAACAUCCCAAUCUUAAGCACUGUGGUACAUUUAGCACGUGUGAGCAUGUAGUGAAACUGACUGUUGCUUCAUAAUAAGAUAUAAAUAAGGCCAUAACAUGUCAAACUCAGGGGAAAAAAAGGGACUGAGGUGGGAUUUUGAAUGUGAAAAUGGGCAUUAUGAUACAACAACGUUUAGCUUAUAUAUUGUACCAACGUUAAAGAGAAUUUAUAAAAUAAAAUGUUGUCGAGUUAAGAUGAGAUAAACCAAAGAGAUGAAAGAAAGGCGUGUGACUCGAUACAAACAGCUGGUAGUACUACAUCACGGUAACGGCAAAAGAUCCGUUUUCCGCCUGCUGACAUUUUAACCAUGGUGAAUGUUUGCGGAGCUCUACAGACUUGAGUCUGAUCACAGUAUUGUACAUCCUGAGGACGCCUCACAUACUCCUCAUACCUUGUUGCUAUUUUUU